AUGCAACAAUCUCCCGACAUGGACCCGUCGACUUGGGCAGGUCAAGACUACACGCCUGGCCCUUCCUACCACAAUGGAGUUCCCAGCGAUGCAAAAACCCCCGGCGGCACCGUGAACAUGGGCUUUCUCAAGGGAUUUGGCGGGAUGCAGAAAAGGAUUACCAGAGACGGGCAACCCGCCAAGAGAAGAGGACCGAAACCAGACAGUAAACCAGCACAAACACGACGACAGGAGCUCAAUCGUCAGGCUCAGAGAACGCAUCGGGAACGCAAAGAGAAUUACAUCAAGGCCCUGGAAAUGGAACUCGCACGUCUGCGCGAAGUUUUCAUCUUCGAGCAAGAAACACGUGACGGUACCAUACAGCAGCAAAAGCUAUUGAUUGAGAACCAGCAACGGGAGAACUUGGCGUUGAGAGAGGUCCUCACGUCUCGGGGAAUUGCAUUCGAAAACGAACUCGAGAACCGAAAAGCUAUGCUGGCGUUAAAACCGAAGCGGGAGGAGAAUUCGAUGACGCCUCCGUCCGUGAGCACCCUCACGGCGCCAUCCGUCGGACCCAGAUCGAUAGGUUAUGGAACGGUCGUAACCGGUCCUGGUUCUGUCACAAGCGGCUAUUCCCCUCAAGCAUAUCUCAACGGUGGCUCUUUGAGCGUGUCCGGUCACUCGCCAGGGACAACUCACUACGCCAGUUCGUCUCACGGACCGGAGGUCCAGGAGUUUGGAAUUAAAACGGAAGAAGGUGUCAUACCAGACAUGCCGGGCAUUUUCGAGCGAGAACCGCAGUUGGGCAUUGAUUUCAUCUUGAAGCUGGAGCAGACGUGUCGUGAUCACGAGGAGUAUCUUGUCCGGCGGUCGGCGGACUCCCCCAACACUGAAGACGAGGCGCUAUUUUCUGGGCACGCCUUGAUGGCGACCUGCCCACCCCCAAGCCACAUCGCGCGCGUUCCUGCAGAAGACGGCGGCUUGGUGCCGACCUACGAACACAAAGUGCCAGAUGCAGAGUCGGUCCAGAUUUUGAACAACUUACUCAAUCUGAGCCAGACGCUCAAAGGCAGCGCCAUCCCCAGUGGCCAAGUCACUCCCAUCAUGGCUCUACAAUCACUCAAGGGCCAUCGCAACUACGCCAGUCUGACCAGGGAGGAUGUCUUGGGAAUGAUUGAGUCCAUCAGAAGUAAAGUCCGCUGUUAUGGAUUUGGGGCGGUCAUGGAAGAUUUCGAGCUCCGGGACGCUCUCUCGAGUAUCUUUGCCACGAAGCCGGAGACAUACGACCAACUAGGGACGGACUACACGGCGGAAAUCGACGAGAUGUACUCAUGA